AUGACAACGAUGAUCGGGCUACUCCUGAUUGCCACCUGGAUCGGGGCUGUCAUCGCUGAACUACCACCUGGAGUGCAGCCCUGUGCCCCAACGAACAAUCUAGGGCAAUACAACGAGUGCGUGUUGCAGCAACUAAAAGUAAUCACUCCGUACCUAGCUAAAGGUAUACCGUCCUUGAAACUACCCGCGCUGGAUCCGCUGUUCCUGCCGUCGCUGACGGUCGACAGAAAUCUGGAGGCUCUGAAAAUCAAAGCGAAUAUGAGCAAAAUACGCGUCUACGGAGCGACCAAUUUCCUCGUCGACGACCUCAAAGCGAACCCUGACGAUCUCUCGGUCGUCAUCAAAGUUCAGCUACCUCAUAUCCACGUAAACGGCGACUACGAUGUGCAAGGAAGGCUGCUGCUGCUUCCGUUGAACGGCGCUGGCAGUUUCAAAGGAAAUUUCACUAAUACAGAAGCGCAAGUGAGCGCUCAAGGCAAGUCAAUCGUCGAUAGAAAUGGCGUUCAAAGGAUCGAAGUCGACAAGCUCGUGACGAAGAUCCGCGUUGGUGACGGAAACAUCAGGUUGAAGGCGCCUCCUUCGCACAGUGUAGCAGCCGAUGCAGCAGCGACGUUCUUCAACUCUAAUCCUCGUCUGGUUCUGGAUAUCGCCAGUCCAAUUAUCGAAGAUACUGCGGCGACUGUGAGCAGAGCCUUGGCUGCCAGAGCAUUAGGAGUGCUCACGAAACAGGAAUUGCUCCUCUAG